CCAGUCUCCACCAGCUGUGGACACUGGUUCUGCAGACAGUGCAUCACCUCAGACUGGGACCAGUCUGGUUCAUCAGGAGACUCUGUCUGUCCCCAGUGUGGAGAAAGAUCCAGAACAAGACCUGGACUGCAGACACCCAGUCAAACCAGCAGAGUGGACGGCGGUCUGCAGGAGGUUUUAGACGAGCAUAAGAUCAGUCUGAGGAGGAGAUGUGAAUUUGUGACAGAAGGAACUGCUGCAGCAGGAAGUGGAACCCCCCUCAACAGGAUCUACACUGAGCUCUACAUCACACAGGGACGGAGGGAAGGGGUUAAUACCCAACAUGAGGUGUGGCAGCUGGAGACAACAUCCAAGAUGGAGACCCUCCAUGACACUCCAAUCAAGUGCCAGGACAUCUUUAAACCCUUACCUGGCCAAGACACACACAUCAGAGUAGUUGUGACGCAGGGCGUUGCUGGCAUUGGAAAAACCUUCUCAGUGCAGAAGUUCACUCUGGACUGGGCAGAGGGCUUGGAAAACCAACAUGUCAGUCUUGUGGUUCUGCUUUCGUUCCGAGAGCUGAACUUGAUCAAAGAUGAGCGCUACAGUCUUCUCCAGCUGCUCCGUGUUUUCCAUCCAACAUUACAGACGGUCACAGCAGAGAAGCUCGCCGUCUGUAAAGUCGUGUUCAUCUUUGACGGCCUGGAUGAAAGCAGGUUUUUAUUGGAUUUCCAGAACAAUGAGGUCGUGUCUGAUGUCACACAGACAUCAUCAGUAGACGUGCUGUUGACAAACCUCAUCAAGGGGAAUCUGCUUCCCUCGGCUCUCCUCUGGAUAACUUCCAGACCUGCGGCGGCCAAUCAGAUCCCUCCUACAUGUGUGGACAGGGUAACAGAAGUGCGAGGGUUCACUGACCUCCAGAAGGAGGAGUACUUCAGGAGGAGAUCCGGUGAUGAGGAGCUGUGCAGCAGAAUCAUCUCACACAUCAAGGCGUCCAGGAGCCUCCACAUCAUGUGCCACAUCCCAGUCUUCUGCUGGAUCACUGCUACAGUUCUGGAGCACAUGUUGACUACAGACCAGAGAGGAGAGCUGCCCAAGAGCCUGACUGACAUGUACUCACACUUCCUGCUGGUUCAGACACAGAGCAAGAAGCACAAGUACGAUGAGAGACUUGACAGGAGUCAGCAGGACCUGAUGGAGACUGACAGGGAAGUUCUUCUGAAGCUGGGCAGGCUGGCGUUUGAACAUCUGGAGAAAGGCAACCUGAUGUUCUACCAAGAAGACCUGGAGAAGUGUGGUCUUGAUGUCACAGAGGCCUCGGUGUACUCAGGAGUGUGCACAGAGAUCUUCAAAACAGAGUGUGUGCUCUUCCAGAGAAAAGUCUACUGUUUUGUUCAUCUGAGCAUUCAGGAGUUUCUCGCUGCAGUCUACAUCUUCCACUGCUACACCAACAGGGACUCUAAGAUACUGGACACAUUCCUAGGAAAAGACUGGGGUAGAUAUGGAUGCAGUGGACAAUCCCUGGAUGCCUUGCUGAAGGCAGCAAUGUUCAGAGCUUUGGACAGUAAAAAUGGCCACCUUGACCUCUUUGUCCGCUUCCUUCAUGGCCUCUCUCUGGAGUCCAACCAGAGGCUCUUGGGAGGCCUGCUGGGUCAGACAGAGAGCAGACCAGAAGACAUCCAGAGAGUCAUCAACAACCUGAAGAAGAUGGACACUUUAAAUGUCUCUCCUGACAGAAGCAUCAACAUCUUCCACUGUUUGAUGGAGAUGAACGACCUCUCAGUACAUCAGGACAUCCAAGAGUUCCUGAAGUCAGAGAACAGAUCAGAGAAGGAACUCUCUGGUAUUUACUGCUCAGCUCUGGCCUACAUGCUGCAGAUGUCAGAGGAGGUUCUGGAUGUGUUGGACCUGAAGGCGUACAACACAUCAUUGGAGGGACGACAGAGACUGAUCCCAGCUGUGAGGAACUGCAGGAAGGCUCGACUUUCUGACUGUGGACUCUCAAAGACUCACUAUGAAGUUGUGGCCUUGGCUCUGAAGUCCAACCCCCAUCUGACAGAGCUGGACCUGAGUGAGAACAAGCUGCAGGACUCAGGAGUGAAGCUGCUGUCUGCUGGACUGGAGAGUCCAAACUGCAGACUGAAGACUCUGAGACUGAGUGGCUGCAGGUUGUCAGAGACUCACUGUGCUUCUCUGGCCUCGGCUCUGAAGUCCAACCCCCAUCUGACAGAGCUGGACCUGAGUGAGAACCAGCUGCAGGAUUUAGGAGUGAAGCUGCUGUCUGCUGGACUGGAGAGUCCAAACUGCAGACUGGAGACUCUGAGACUGAGACACUGCAGGUUGUCAGAGAGCAGCUGUGCUUCUCUGGCCUCGGCUCUGAAGUCCAACCCCCAUCUGACAGAGCUGGACCUGAGUGAGAACUACGAGCUGCAGGAUUCAGGAGUGAAGCUGCUGUCUGCUGGACUGGAGAGUCCAAACUGCAGACUGAAGACUCUGAGGCUGACAGACUGUCGGAUCACAGAUGAAGGCUGUGCUUCUCUGGCCUCGGCUCUGAAGUCCAACCCCCAUCUGACAGAGCUGGACCUGAGCUACAACUACCUGCAGGAUUCAGGAGUGAAGCUGCUGUCUGAUCUGGUGGAGAGUCCAAACUGCAGCCUGAAGACUCUGAGGUCAGUAGAGGGGUGGAGUCAGUCCAUGUGGACGAGCUUCAUUGGUUGGUCUCAGGUAGUGGCAGUUGUAGAGUGACUUGAAGUGGAUAACACCUUUCUCCAGGUUUCAGAUGGACCCCAGUUAAAAGGCUAAACAGAGCAUCUGGAAUGUGCCCAGCUGUAGGAAACAUCCCAGUGUGCAUGUAGGAAGGUCUAAGUUGUGCAGGAUGACACAGCAGUCCAGCUGCCUUCAGAUGGCUGCAUGGACGGCCAUGAUUCACUUAGUCCCAUUUAAACUGGGUUUCUGAUGUGCACGUUAACACGUCUACUGGAUGAAGAAUUCAUGUCAAAGUGAAACUUGAAAUAUGACGCACAUAAAAGGGUUGAUGUCUCUGUGACUGAAACUCCACCAACUAACA